AUGCCGCGCCGCGACCGCGACCGCGGGCGUCCUCGCGAUGGCGACUCGUACCGUCCUGCGCGGCCUGAACGAUCUCCGCCACCCGUGCGCACCGAGGAGGAGAAGCAGGCGGCGGCCAAGGCAGAGUACGAGAAGCUGCUCACCAUGCGAUCGGGCGGCACGUACAUUCCGCCGGCCAGGCUGCGGGCGCUGCAGGCGCAGAUCACGGACAAGACGAGCAAAGAGUACCAGCGCAUGGCGUGGGAGGCGCUCAAGAAGAGUAUCAACGGCCUCAUCAACAAGGUUAACACGGCAAACAUCAAGCACAUUGUCCCCGAGCUCUUUGGUGAGAACCUCAUCCGGGGCAGGGGGCUCUUUUGUCGGUCCAUCAUGAAGGCCCAAGCGGCCAGCUUGCCCUUCACCCCCAUCUACGCGGCCAUGGUGGCCAUUGUCAACACCAAACUGCCGCAGGUGGGCGAGCUUCUGGUCAAGCGCCUCAUCAUGCAGUUUCGAAAGGGCUUCAAGCGAAAUGACAAGGCCGUCUGCCUGUCGUCGACGACCUUUCUCGCGCACCUCAUCAACCAGCAGGUUCAACACGAGAUGCUGGCGGGCCAGAUCCUCCUCUUGCUGCUGCAUAAGCCAACAGACGACGGCGUCGAGAUCGCCGUCGGGUUUUGCCGCGAGGUCGGCCAGUACGUCGAGGAGAUGCAGCCCACGAUUGCCAUGGCAGUCUUCGACCAGUUCAGAGGCAUCUUGCACGAAGGUGGCCUCGAUAAGCGAACGCAGUACAUGAUCGAGGUACUGUUCCAAGCGCGCAAGGACAGGUUCAAGGACCAUCCGGCCGUCAGGGAGGAGCUCGACUUGGUCGAGGAGGAGGACCAGAUCACGCACCAAGUCAACCUGGAGGGAGACAUGGAUGUGCAGGACGGCCUCAAUAUUUUCAAGUUCGACUCCAACUGGGAAGACAACGAGGAGGCAUACAAGAAGCUCAGGGCCGAAAUCCUUGGCGAGGCUAGCGACGACGACGACGAUGACGACGACGCCGAGGAUGAAAGCUCCGAGGAAGAGGACGAAGAGACAAAGGCCAUGGAAAUCAAAGACCUGUCUAACGCAGACCUAGUCAACCUGAGGAGGACCAUUUACCUGACCAUCAUGUCAAGUGCUGACCCCGAGGAAGCCGUGCACAAGCUCAUGAAGAUCAACCUGCCUGCUGGCCAGGAGCCCGAACUGCCAUCCAUGAUUGUCGAGUGUUGCUCGCAGGAAAAGACGUACACCAAGUUCUUUGGCUUGAUCGGUGAGCGAUUUGCCAAGAUCAACCGUCUGUGGUGCGACCUCUUUGAGCAGGCAUUCGCCAAGUACUACGAGACGAUCCAUCGCUACGAAAACAACAAGCUGCGAAAUAUUGCCAUGCUCUUUGGACACAUGUUGGCCGAAAACGCAAUCGGCUGGCACUGCCUGUCGGUCAUCCACUUAAACGAAGACGAAACGACGUCGAGCAGCCGCAUCUUUAUCAAGAUUCUAUUCCAGGCCAUUGCCGAGGAGAUGGGUAUGUCGAAGCUACGGGCCAAGAUGGACGACGAGAUUCUGCGACCCAACUUUGAGGGCAUCUUCCCCAAGGAUAAUGCCCGCAACAUCAGGUUCUCCAUCAACUACUUCACCAGCAUUGGCAUGGGUGCCCUCACUGAGGGGAUGCGAGAGCACCUGCAGAACAUGCCGAAGCCGGCGCUUCCCGCCCCCGCAGCCCGCGACUCGGACUCGGAUUCGGACCCCGCGGAGGGAAAUCAAUCGUGGACGCUCGCCAUCGCGGACGCCUCCACGGCGGCGGGGACGGCCCUCAUACUCCGAGAGCCGCUCCCGCUCGCGGUCUGCGAGCUCUUUCUCGCGCUCUCGCUCUCGCUCCUUGAACCCUGCCGGGCGGGGACGGAAUCCGCGUUCCUACUCUGCCUCGCCGGCUCGUCGAGCAUCCCGGGACGACAGCAGGAGCUUGUCGCGCUCGCCUGCUCCGCGGCGAGUUGCUCGGCGAUCACCGAGCCCUGCCCCGCGUGGGCGGGCGCAGGGGAGCCCCGGCCGUCGAUCUCCCUCCCCGUCCCGGAGCCCGCCGCCGCGACGGACGCAGCGCGGCAGGUCGAGCUCGCCGGGCGGGCGGAGGUCGGUGUCCCCCGUGCCGGCCAAGAGGAGACGACGGCCCAGCGAGACCUUGUCGAGGUCGCCGCCGCCGGUGAAGCGGGGGAGGCGAGGGAGUUGAGUGAAUGGGGGUGA